GUCAAUUUUCUCAAAGUUGCUGUCACAGAACUACUGUGCACGUCAAUAAUUUGCACACUGUUUAUAAAAUUCAACAUGGAAUUAAUUGAUAAUGAGAUCAGGCAGUGGGAUGCAGCCGACGUGAAGGAGCAGUUUGGUGAUAAUCUAACGUUGCUGCCACUAAAUGACAACAUUAAGGAACUACAAACUAUUUUACGAGACAAGAACACAUCACGCAGUGACUUCAAGUUCUAUGCCGACCGCCUGAUCCGUCUAGUGAUUGAGGAGAGUUUGAACAAAUUACCGUUCACUGAUUGUGAGGUAGUCACUCCUACCGGGGCAUUGUAUAAAGGACUGAAAUAUGGUGCUGGUAACUGCGGGGUAUCCAUUGUCAGGUCCGGAGAGGCUAUGGAGCAGGGUCUCCGAGACUGUUGCCGUUCAAUCCGUAUCGGUAAAAUCCUGGUUGAGAGUGAUACGGACACACACGAGGCUCAUGUGGUGUACGCCAAGUUUCCUGAGGAUAUAGCGAGGAGGCAGGUGCUGCUCAUGUAUCCUAUCAUGUCCACCGGUAACACUGUUAAACAGGCAGUAAACGUAUUAACACAGCACGGUGUAAAAGAAGAAAGAAUAAUCCUCUCGAAUCUAUUCUGCACCCCGGCAGCCGCCCAGGCAGUGGUCGACUAUGUUCCAAAGAUGAAGAUGCUGACUUCUGAGCUACACCCCGUUGCUCCCAACCAUUUCGGUCAGAAGUACUUCGGGACAGACUGAUAUGAGGACGAAUUUGAGUUCUAAUCUGUACUUAUUAAAGUUUAGUUUACUUUAUUUGUGUAGCCUAGUAUUUUGUUUUGUUUAUUUGUGCUUUAGAUACUACUGUUUAGGUAGUAAAAUUAUUUAUUGUGUAAUCUACUUUCGGUUGUAUGUAAUAAGCGUUGUUUUUGAUUGUGCAUUUAUGGAAACAGCAUUUUAUUUAAGCGAAUGAUUUUUUUUUUCAAUCUUUUUAUUGGUCUCACACUUUUUUUUCGGAAUAAGACAAAAAGAACUCAAAUAAUGUACUUAUCUCACAUUGUGAGUGGAUGUUUUGGUACAAUUUGUACUAAAAUUCUAAAUUGUAUUAAAAAUAAAUCUAGUUUUAUACCAGUCUUAAAGUAAAACUCGUCUACUAAGAAAUUAUAUAGAAAUGUUAAAAUUAUAUGCUACAUGCUACACGUAUUGCACAAUGACGACGCUUAAAUAUUGACUUAAAGCAAAAUGUAUCAAAUAAUGUACAACUUAAAGGCCAAUUUACAGUAACGCAGCGCAUAGAGAGUUCAAUUUGAUAAACAUAGUAAAUUCAUUCUUAUCUCCAAUGAAUAAUAUCUAUUUUCUGUGUGAGCUAAAAAUCAGAGGAAUCACAAUAGGGAUAAUAACGGGGUAUUAAAAUUAAAAAUCUAUUUAAUCCGUCAGUUAGGUAAUGAAAAAAUAUUAGAGACGUAUUUUUUAUUUUGUCAUAUAAGAUAACAAUACUUAGAUAAAACGAAUCAAAGUUUAGGAGUGGGAGCAAAUACGUCAUUUCUACCAAUAAAACGUACCUUGAAGUGACGACCCGUAUUUGUUUCCCUAAGACAAUAAAAAUUACGUGUUUAAUGUUUUAAAAUAAUCUACAAGACGGACAUUAAAAUAAAAAUUAGACAUCUACCCUGGAAGCUGGAAAUUAGGAUGAAUAUGCUAUAACAUCUCAAAUUGACACUAACGCUACGCCGCGUGUGAAUUUACCUAAAGAGAUGCUAUUAUGAAUACUAUGACUAGUAAUGAUAACCUAUAAUUAUGUAAAGUAUCUAUUUUUGCAAAAUUGACACAUAUAUUGGCUACAUAUAUUAUGACCAUAGCUUUAGUGUAUAGAGAUUUUAAAGUAAAGUGCAAGAGCCCUAUAUGUGACAAAGCCCCAGCAUUUGAAUACUAAGGAAUCGUCAGAGGAACUUGGGCGUGUAUUCAAAGUCUUCUCUAAAAUCUAGUAUUAAGUAUGAAAUUGAUCUAUUUAUAUAAUUAGUAUAAAACGCUAUACAUUUGUGAUAUUGCAAAGAUAAAUUAGUUGAUAAAGGAUUGUAUUUAGUCACACAGUUAAAUAAAUUGUCGAAUUUAUUAAUAAAAUGAGCUGAAGACCAGA